GGUCAAGACUGGAGGAGCUUGACCCGCUCACGAGAGAGGACUUCGCUUGGAUGCCUCUACCCUCGACCGGAACCUUGCCAAGGCCGCAUUGCAACACCUUAAUGGCAAAUCUAUGCUCCUAUUUGCACACUACAGUACCAGCUCAGUUGACGGACGACGGGGUAGCGGUUGUUGAUCUCCGCUCCUAUCUUGCGAAGAUUGACCGCGAGUACGCCACCCAAAGGUAUGCCGAAACCGACGCGCCUUUGCUCUAUAUCCGCAUUCAAAUCGGAAAGGCAACCUGUAGUGCCUUGAUUGAUUGCGGAGCGUCUCGCAACUUCAUGAGUCAAGCCUUUAUGGCCCGUGCAGGUCUUGGCCCGCGCGUUCGAAGGACGAUGCAACCUACGCAAGUUACACUCGCGGACGGACGCACGCAAAAGUCAAUUGACCGAUGCGUCAACAGCGUUCAAGUAUACUUUGCGCCACUUGCGUGCGAGCCGGUGUCUUUUGACAUCCUCGACACCAAGUUCGACAUGAUUCUAGGCAUGUCUUGGUUGCGUAGCGCCGAUCAUCCGAUGAACUUUCAUGCACGAACCGUUCACAUCCGUGAUUGGAACGGAAUGCUAGUCCCAUGUACGGUCGCGACCCCUCACACUUCGAUUGCUUAUCACGUGGUUUCCGUUGCGAGAAUUCGCGACGCCAUUGCUCGGAAUGACGUCGAGGAGAUGGGCCUUGUAUUYUUGCAUGCUCUCCCCUCGCCGGACGGACCAGYCGCGUCRCCRCCGGACCCACGCAUYWCUCACCUCUKKGACGAGUAURGAGACGUCUUCGAGGCUCCCACCGGAACGGUUCCGSAUCGGCCCAUACGUCACGGGAUCACUCUCGAGGUUGGCGCCGUCCCUCCGCGUGGAUGUAUCUACCGCAUGAGCGAAGAGGAACUCGAGGUGCUUCGCGCACAACUCGAUGACCUUCUCGACAAGGGCUGGAUUCGCCCUAGUUGCUCGCCAUACGGUGCCCCUGUUCUCUUCGUCCGGAAGAAGAACAAAGAUCUACGGGUAUGCAUCGAUUAUCGCAAACUUAACGCACAAACCGUAAAGAACGCCGGCCCUCUCCCUCGAAUUGACGAUCUCCUUGAGCGGUUAGGCGUCACGACGUACUUCUCGAAGUUGGACUUGAAGUCGGGUUACCACCAGAUUGAAAUCCAGUCUCAAGAUCGGUACAAGACCGCGUUCAAGACGCGGUACGGGCAUUUUGAGUGGGUUGUCAUGCCCUUUGGCCUCACCAAUGCCCCCGCGACUUUCCAAGCAGCUAUGACGACGGAGUUUCGCGACUUGCUCGAUCGCAGCGUCCUCAUCUACCUCGGCGACAUCUUGGUUUAUAGUAGGACGUUGGACGAGCACAUCGUACACCUUCGCGCGGUUUUGGAUCGUUUGCGACUGGCCAAGUACAAAGCGAAUCGCGACAAGUGCGAGUUCGCCAAGCAGGAGCUUGAGUACUUGGGACUUUUUGUCACGCCGAAAGGCAUUCGUCCCUUAGCGGACAAGAUCCAAGCCAUCGUGGAUUGGCCUGAACCCCGUUGCACGACGGAUGUACGCUCUUUCAUGGGUUUGCCUGGAUAUUAUCAGCGAUUCGUCGAGUCAUACUCGAAAGUGGCCGCUCCUUUGUCGAGACUUCAGUCCCCGAAGGUGCCCUUCGAGUUCGACGACGCAGCCCGUGGCGCGUUCACUACGUUGAAGGCAGCGAUGCAAGCCGCACCUGCCCUCCGUAUAUACGACCCCACCCUGCCCACCCAAGUGACUAUGGACGCUUCGGGAUACAGUAUUGGUGCGGUGUUGGAACAGUGUCACGAGGACGGUUGGCAUCCGGUCGAGUAUUUCUCCCAAAAGGUGCCUCUCGUCAACACUCUCGACGAUGCUAGGAAGAAAGAGCUACUCGCGUUCGUCACCGUUCUCAAACGGUGGCGCCACUUUCUUCUCGGCCGUCGACGUUUUAAAUGAUAUACGGACAACAAUCCGUUGACCUUUUACAAAACGCAGGAUACGGUCACUAGUACGAUCGGUCGAUGGAUGUAUUACAUCGACCAGUUCGACUUUGACCCGUGCCACAUUCCCGGUCCCGCCAAUCGAGCUGCGGACGCCCUCUCAUGACGGCCCGACUUGUGUGCCAUUGUGACCACGGCAUUCGACCUCGAUGACGAUCUGCAGCCGCAUUUCGUCAAAGGCUACAAGUCCGAUCCGACUUACUCUACACUUUACGCGGAGCUCUCAUCGGAUCACCCGCCGGCUAGCCACUAUCGGAUUUCCGACGGGUUCCUUCUCCUUCACACGAGAGGAAAGCACUUGUUAGUUGUGCCCCAAGAUCGCAUCUUACGGACUCGUCUUCUCGGCGAAUUCCACGACGCACGACUUUCGGCACACCUUGGCGUAAACCGCACAUUAGCACGCCUCCGCCAGCGUUUUCACUCGCCCGACGUCCUUCAUGACAUCACGAGGUACAUUGAGUCAUGUGCGGUUUGCCACCGUAACAAAGGUUGAUCUCAAGU